AUGAUUGAAACGCUAGACCCUUCGUCGAACGAUCCCGAUUUGAAAACUCUGAAAAGGACGCUUGGGGAGACAGAUCUCGACCAAAACCUCUACCCUCUUAGAAGAGGCAGAGCACGGUGUGAGAAUGGGGAAGCCUUGCCUGAUACAACUUCUGAAAAAGUACCACAUGUUGAGCUACAAGACAAACCAUUUACCUCCGAAUGCUUCGAGUUACAGCCAGCAUUUGAUGCUGUGGACAUGUUCGCACCUCUUUUGUUCCACGAUUAUCCCCCGCCGCCUAUUGAUAACUUCGACCCUCCGUUUUUUGAAGCCUCCUCGUCGCUGGGCCACAGGGCACAUUUGGGUGGCGGAGACCCUGUCGGUUUCUGCGCUGAUAUCACCGAUCCGAUUCUUGGGACUGAAUUUCGCUUUGCGUGGGAUGGUAAAUAG